CGACGAGAGUGAGCAGGAGAAGAGUAAAAGCGCGGGAGCGUUCUUACGAUCACUUGCUUCAGCUCCACCUCCUCUUCCAUCCCCCUUUACUCUUUAAGAUUUAAGUUCAAAAUGGAAGGGGAAGAAGAGGUUAGCUUCAUCACAUCCCUUACUCCUCCUGAUUCUGAACUCAUGGCCAUUGGUUCUCCGGACGAUCUAGGGUUUCAAGAACCUGAGCAGUCGUUUGAUAUCGCUGCUCCUUCUUCCUCAUCCAACGAACCUGUCGUUCUCACCGACGACCUCAAAGACAAGAUCAUAAAACAGGUGGAAUACUAUUUUAGUGAUGAGAAUCUUUCCACAGAUAAGUUUCUGAUGAGCCAUGUAAAGAAGGAUAAAGAAGGUUUUGUUCCUGUGGCUCUUAUUGCAUCCUUUAGGAAAAUGAAAAAGCUUGUUCGAGAUAAUUCAUUGAUAGUGGAUGCACUCCAGGAAUCAACGCAACUUGUCUUAAGUUCAGAUGGGAAGAAGGUGAAGAGAAAACAUACGCUGCCAGUUUUUGAGGUGCAGGAUGCAAAGUCACGCACUGUUUUGGUAGAGAAUCUGCCGGAGAAUUUUUCAAUAGAGAGUAUCAAGAGAAUCUUUGGGGCUGCCGGCAAUAUAAAGAAUAUUUCUGUCCAUGACCCACAUGGCGCAGAGGAUCCAACAAAGAUCAGUAAGGCAAAAAAGUUGAUUAGCGGAAAGAUACAUGCUCUUGUAGAAUAUGAGACAAUGGAGGGUGCUGACAGAGCUGUUGCCACUUUAAAUGAUGAGAACAAUUGGAGAACUGGUAUGCGUGUUAAGCUUCUUCUCAAGAGAAUGGGCAAGUCUGGGCCGAGCAAAAAAGGUGGUAAAGCUUCUGAGAAGAGUAGAAAUGCUCCAAUAUCUGAUCCAGCAGGGGAUGAUGAAUCCUUGAAAUCAACCAAUCACCAUGAUGAAACACCUGAACAAGAGGAAGAGGGGCACUUGCGAAGUGAGAGAACUGGAUGGAGAAAUCAAAACAGAGGUCGAUCAAAGGGCCACAAACAGCAUAACCAUAAUGGUCAAGGCCAUGGAACUGUGCACCGUGCUCCUGGUGUUGAAGGUUCAAAGCCACCUCCAGGGCCAAGAAUGCCUGAUGGAACUAGGGGAUUUGCAAUGGGUCGUGGUCGGCCUCCUGUCUCUAAUCAAAAUUCAGCUUGAAGGGUUGUGGACAUCUUCAAGAUUUAGGCGUUAUGCGAAAGAGUGUUGGUUCACUGUGGAUUCUGUGUUUUUAUCUGCAGAAUACAUAAGUUUGGUUUGGAU